UACUUUCCCUUAUUUAAUUUCUUAUCAGUCCUGGGAUGAGUUCUACAAAUAUGGUUGGCUUGUGUAGUAACAAUCUUGGAGGUGGGGAGACAGAGACUGUUAAGUUGGAACCAGAAUUGGUUGAAAGUUCACUUCCACAAAUGGAGUACUGUGAAGCUGACUCCUUGCCAUAUCAAAAAUCCUCAAGCAGCGGCGGGAGGCAAGAUUCUACAGCUACUGAACAGAGUGGAACCACUGUCUUGGAUCAAGAUCAGUCUCCGAUAGAUGAUUCAAGCCUUUGUUCUACAUCACAAAUAUGUUCAGCACCCCUAUCUCGCCAGUUCUGGAGAGCUGGAAAUUAUGAUGAGGGGCGUGCUACUAAGUCCACCCUUAAAAAAGGCUCCAGUUUCCUGCACAUUCACCCGAAGUUCCUUCACUCAAACGCCACUUCCCAUAAAUGGGCAUUUGGUGCCUUGGCAGAGCUUCUUGACAAUGCUGUUGAUGAGAUACAAAAUGGAGCCUCCUUUGUUAUUGUAGAUAAAACACCAAAUCCAAGGAGUGGAAGUUCAGCUUUAAUGGUUCAAGAUGAUGGCGGUGGAAUGGACCCAGAAGCCAUACGUCGUUGUAUGAGCUUUGGGUUUUCGGAUAAGAAGUCAGCUUCAACUAUUGGACAGUAUGGAAAUGGUUUUAAGACCAGUUCAAUGAGACUUGGGGCAGAUGUUAUUGUCUUUAGCCGCUGCAAAAAGAACAGGAAAUUGACACAAAGCAUUGGGCUUCUAUCUCAGACAUUUCUGACUCGAGCAGGCCUUGACAGAAUAGUGGUUCCUUUGCUUGACUUUGAGUUCAGUGCAGCAGCUGGAAAAUGGAGUUCAUUACAUGGUGAACAACAUUUUAGGAAUAACCUCUCGUUGUUGUUGCGCUGGUCUCCAUUUGCGACAGAGGCAGAGCUUCUUAAGCAAUUUGAUGACAUUGGUGAUCAUGGCACAAAGGUGAUUGUCUACAAUUUGUGGUAUAAUGAUGAAGGCAGAAUGGAGCUCGACUUUGAGGCAGAUUCUGAGGAUAUUCGCCUUUCGGGGGAUGCAAACGAUAAUGAGAAGAGUGGCUCUCGUAUUAAAGUAAGUGACCAGCAUCUUGCGAACCGUCUUCGUUACUCACUCCGUGCAUAUUUAUCAGUGUUGUACUUGCGGAUUCCAGACAACUUCUGUAUUCUGUUACGUGGACGGGUUGUUGAACUCCAUAACAUUGCUAAGGAUCUCAAGUACCCCGAAUUUAUCAUGUAUAAGCCUCAAACUCUUGGAUUCAAAGAGGGUUCAGUCAUUACCACUAUUGGCUUCCUAAAGGAAGCUCCAGUGGUGAAUAUUCAUGGGUUCAAUGUCUACCACAAAAAUCGGUUAAUACUGCCGUUUUGGCAUGUUGUGAGGUACUCAGAUAGUAGAGGCAGAGGAGUUGUUGGUGUUCUAGAAGCAAACUUUAUUCAGCCAACCCAUAAUAAGCAGGACUUCGAGAAAACCCCACUUUUUCAAAAGCUUGAAGUGCGAUUAAAGGAGAUGACAUGGGAAUACUGGGAUUAUCACUGCGGGCUCCUCGGUUACUUUCCAAAGAAAAAACCUCAGGGACCGAUAACUCCUCAGGCUUCAUCUGAAUCUAGACAACUACAUGGAUCAUAUAAACCUGUUGUCUUGGGAAACUUCUCUGGUGCGGUUGGUUCAAACAUUACAGUAAGGGGAACUGUAACUUCUCAGGCUUCAGCUGAAUCUAGACAACAACAUGGGUCAUAUAAACCUGUUGUCUUGGGAAACUCUUCUGGUGCGGUUGGUUCAAACAUUACAGUAAGGGGAACUGUAACUUCUCAGGCUUCAUCUGAAUCUAGACAACAACAUGGGUCAUAUAAACCUGUUGUCUUGGGAAACUCCUCUGGUGCGGUUGGUUCAAACAUUACAGUACGGGGAACUGUAACACCAGUCUUCCAAAAUAACUCUAAACAAGGAGCUUCAAAAAGGAAAGCAGUUGAUCGUCCAAUAGAACAUGAAAACUCGAAACGGACAGCUGGACUAGUAGUUGAUUUAACUGGUGGUGAGCGAAGUCAAGAAAUUCUGACUCUCACUUCAAGUGGCUCAGAAGAUCAAGAGGCUGCCCAUCUCAUUCAAGAGAAUGAAAAGCUCCGCGCACAGUGCUCGGAAUGUGAGAAGAGGGAGGAAGAACUUCAUUCAAAGGUUAAUAAGCUUCGGAAGGAGCUGAAAGAAGCACAACGUACCUAUGCACAUAUGCUAGUGGAAUCAAGGUUAUUAGACAAAGUCAAACCUGAAGAAGAUGUUUAUAUUUAACGAAGUGCCCAUCCUUGUACUAUAGUUAGCUCUUUAAAUGAAUUUUAAUCUUAGGUGUUGUUGAUAAAAUCUCGUUCCUUUUUCUGUUGUGACGGAAUAUUACCAUGAUUCUUGUUUUCUUCUUUUGUUUAUGCAACAGAAUGGACGUAGAAACAACGUUUUCACAGAUUAGAGUUUGUCCCAUUAAUAUCUGUGGCCAAAUAACCAUUUACUUUUAUAUUUGUGAACU